CCAAUUUUAUGGGCAGGGCUACCUCUCUCUUUGUCCUAAACCACGUGUUUGUUUGGAUUCUCUUUCUUUCUUUCUUUAUAUUUAUUUAUUUUUUCAAAGAUUACAGAGCUUUAUCAUAGUCAUGGCACAGCCUCAAAGCACUCCGCAGGUUCACAGAGGUAUCAUUAAAAUGGUUCUUUCGGGUGAUAUGGUAGUUAUUCGAGGACAGCCAAGAGGAGGCCCUCCACCCGAGAGAACUCUAGCUCUCUCGUAUAUAACUGCACCUAAACUGGGUAGAAUGGGAAGAGGAGGAGGAGGAGAAGGUGCCUCUGCUGAGACUAGUACCUCCGAUACUAAAGAUGAACCGUUUGCGUGGCAUUCCAGGGAGUUUCUUCGUAAGCUUUUGAUUGGAAAAGAAGUUCAGUUUGCGAUUGAUCACAAAACCAGCAGUGGGAGAGAAUACGGGAUCAUUUGGACAAACAAAGAUGGAGAGAAGGUUAAUGUCGCUGAGCUAAUGGUGAUUGAAGGUCUGGUUGAAGUGAGACAGAGCAACGUACGACCAUCAGAGGAACUGACCAAGUUAAUACAACUUGAAAGUGAUGCCAAAGUCAAUGGAAAGGGGAAAUGGACAAAGGCACACUCAAAUGAUGCUGUAAGGAAAGUCAACUGGUCAGUUGAUAAUGUUCGUCAAUAUGCUGACAAGUAUCACGGCAAACAGCUGGAAGCUGUCAUUGAGCAUGUACGUGAUGCUUGUACUGUGAGGGCUAUUGUCAUUCCCUCGUUUGAUGUAUUGACGGUAGCUAUGACUGGAAUAAAGUCUCCUUCCUUUAAAAGAGACGGUGACAAAGAAGUUCCAGAGCCUUUUGCAGAGCAAGCCAAGUUCUUUACCGAUUCCCGUCUCCUUCAGCGUGACGUUAAGCUACUCAUUGAAGGAGUCAGCAGUCAGAAUAUUGUACUUGCCACCAUCAUACACCCAGCUGGUAACAUUGCUGAGUUAUUGCUACAGGAAGGCUUUGCCUGGUGCGUUGAUUGGUCAAUGUCAAUGGUCACCAAAGAUAGAGACAAACUGAGAGCAGCUGAAAAACAAGCAAAGGCUAAUAAGUUAAGAUACUGGAAGGAUUAUCAGCCCAAGCCUCAAGUUACAUCAUCAUCUGCUUCUUUGCCCUCAAACAAUUUCUCAGGAAAAGUUGUUGAGGUUGUUAAUUCCGAUGCUGUAGUCCUCAAGACUGAUAAAGGACAGUAUCAGAAAGUGUUCUUCUCUAGUUUUCGUCCUCCAAGGAAAACUGAAGACUCAUCUGAGCAGCAACAGGGUUCUAAAUCAGAGCGUCCAAGACCGCUGUAUGACGUCCCCUUCAUGUUUGAGGCCCGAGAGUUCCUCCGUAAGAAACUGAUAGGGAAGCGUGUGAGUGUAGCCGUGGACUACGUGAAACCAGCACAGGAUCAGUUCCCCGAGAGGAUAUGCUGUACUGUCACCAGGGAAGGAGUUAACAUUGCUGAAGCAUUGGUGAGCAAGGGACUUGGAACCUGCGUCAAGCAUGGACGGAACGAUGACCAGCGCUCGUCUCACUAUGAUGAUCUGUUGAGCGCUGAGAACAGAGCUAUCAAGAACAAGAAAGGAGUCCAUGGAAAGAAGGAAACAUCAAUGCAUCGUGUAGCUGAUAUAUCAGGAGAUCCUUCAAAGGCCCGACAGUUCCUUCCAUUUUUACAGAGGGCCGGUCGCACUACUGCUCUUGUUGAAUUUGUAGCCUCUGGCUCUCGAAUGAAACUAUACUUACCAAAGGACACUUGUCUCAUUAAUUUCAUACUAGCUGGUGUUAGUUGUCCAAGGGCUGGUACCAAUUCUGACAAACAAAGACAGCAGCAGCCAGCAGAGCCGUAUGGACAGGAGGCAAUGAACUUCACCAAAGAGCUGAUACUGCAAAGAGAAGUUGAUGUUGAAGUGGAGAACUGCGAUAAAGGUGGGAAUUUUAUCGGAUGGAUGUUUGUUGAUGGACGAAACCUGGCUGUAUCACUAGUAGAAGAGGGAUACUGUAAAGUCUUAGGACAGGCCGAACGCUCUCAAUACUCCCGUCAGCUGUACGGAGCUGAAGAAACAGCACGGGCAGGACGGAAGAGAACAUGGGAAGGAUACACUGAGCCUGUGGUGAAGGAGGAGGAUGAGGAAGAGGAGGAGGGGCUGGAGGUGGAGCCAGCCGGUGGAGACUCUAAAGCAACUGAUAAUAAUGGAGGGAAUAAAGUACAACCUGCCGAUCGUAAAGUGGACUAUAGAAAAGUUAUUGUGACUGAAAUUGAGAGUGGAACUCAUUUCUGGGCUCAAGAUGUUGACAAAGGUCCUCAGUUUGAAACCAUGAUGAAGCAGCUUAGAUCAGACUUUGAGGCCACGCCCCCUCUAGCCGGCUCUUUCAAUCCUCGCAAAGGCUCCCUCUGCGCAGCAAAGUUCACCGACGGACUUUGGUAUAGAGGUCUAAUAGAGAAAGUUGUAUCACCCAAAGAAGUUCAAGUUCUUUUUGUUGAUUUUGGAAAUAGAUUGAGUGUAUCUUCUGAUAAACUGGCAUUACUUCCACCAAAUUACACCAGUCAGCCAUCAUUAGCAAAGGAGUAUCACUUGGCUUGUAUCCAGUUACAUUCUGACGAUGAAUGGGCACAAGAAGCAAUGAGUGUAUUUCAAAAUGAAGUGGAUCAGACUACUCUAUUGAAUGUAGAGUACAAGUUACAGGGAAUGGACUAUGUAACAUUGAAGUCGGCUCAAUCUGAUCAAGACAUAGGAGAGAAACUGGUAGAAGAUGGACUGGCUUCUGUGACAAGACGAAAAGACAGGAAGCUACAGUCGCUGAUCACUCGUUACAUUGAGGCUGAGGAUAGAGCAAGGAAGAGUCACGUAAAUAUAUGGCGAUACGGAGAUUUUCGAGAGGACAAUGCGAUAGAAUUUGGAUACAAGCGUCAGUGAGGGCAUCCUUGUGUUUACGAGAGAA